ACAGUGCUCACGUAUUACACAACUACCGCGCGGCGUGACUAGUAUUUGCGUGUCCAUGUCCGCUUGAGGUGGGGGGAGAGAAACUUGCCCUGGGGAUAUCUUAUGUACCUUUCACACGGGCUGAGAGAGGCGCAGACACAGAGAUGGGAAACCAUGGAUUUUUUUUCUCUUUUGCCUCUUGGCGUUUUGCCAUGCCAUCCCGAGGCCACGGUUCCCGCUGCGGCCCGUCCAAGGCGCAGUCGUUCAGAGUUUGGCUGCUGUGCCUCUUCCGUCGUGCUCCAAGCUACAAGUGUACUUUUAGCAUUUACACCAGAUGAAACUAUCAAUAUUGCUUCCAAGCUGGCUACCAGUGUUGGCCAUCGGCAGUACUAUUGAUCCUCCGGCUGCUACUAUUUACUAUAGCCUGUGUGGCGAGACA